CCGCCAGCCGGGGCGCCGGGCUCGCCCCUCGCCGAGCGAUGUCCAGGAGGAAACAGAGCAACCCCCGGCAGAUCAAACGUUCCCUGGCAGCGAUGGAGGAAGGUGAGGACGCCCCGGUGGGGGACCAGAGCCCCUCGGAGAGGGACGGGGCCACCUCGGACUGCGAGGGCUCGGCUGAGCGCGACGCCUCCAGCCCCCCCGGCAGUGAAGAGUCCAGAGACGCUCCGGAGAGUCCGAAGGAGCCGGAGAAGCCGGAUCCUGGAGAGAACCCCCAGGAGCCAGACCCCUGGAAUGGGCCAGAUGAGCUGGCUCUGGAGGUGCAGGAUGGGCAGAGAAGGGUCCGGACCCGGCGGAGCCUCCCCGAGGGCUUCUCCUGGGGCCCCUUCCCGGGCAGCAUCCACAGCGAGCCGGCAUCGCCGGGGCACGGCCACACGUUUGGCUCCCCUAUCUCCCGCUUGGCGCCGUGUGUCCAGACACCCGGUACAGGAUGA